AUGGGAGGGGAGUUCGAAUGGCAGAUCCAGGCAGGACUGGAGGUGGAAAAAGGAAGGACAGGAUCUUUCCUAAGAGCGGGCUUGGCAGUCAAUGCGCUGGGGAGCUUUGAUGGAAAUAAGGAGGGGGACGUGGGGCCUGGCCAAUGCCGUCUGGAGCUGACCUUUGAAGGAAUGCAGCUCCAGAGCAGCAAGAGAAGGUUAGACCCAGGAGGAACUUCCCAGCACCUGGUCAGGCAUGGGGGAUGGGAUUCCCGGUCCUCCUCCCGCCCGCCACCCGGCACCCGCCCGCGGGGCGUGUGUGUCCAGCCAGGUGACCAGGUCUUUGAGAUCCCCAAGGCUCCAUCUCCCCAUUCCCGGGAGCGUGGGGCGGGAGCGGGUGGGCGUGGGCUGAGUGCACCACGCGUGUCCUCCCCUCCCCACUCCCCCGUUCCCGACUCACUGCGCGCCCCGCGGAGCCGGCGGAAAAGGUGGCCUGUCCCUUUAAACGUCCAGACGGCCGCCCCAUCUGAUGCGGAGCCUCCAAUCCGGGGCUCGGGGCCGGGGAGGCUUCAGCCGCUGCUGCCGCCGCCGCCACCGCAGAGGCUCGGACUCCGCGCGCGGCCCCGGCUUCCUGCAUCUCUCCGCCGGCCGCGCAUCCCUCUCCGGCCUCCGCUCGCGGCUCCCGCAGCUGCCGCCGCCGCUGCUGCAGCGCCGCCACCCAGCCGGGAUGGGCGCGGGGCCCGGCGCGGGGCUCUGAGCCUCCCUGCAGCCCCCCCACCCCCGAGCUCCGGCUCCAGCCUCUUCCCCUCCCCCUCCCCUCUCUUCCCCUCCCCCAGCCGGGGGGCCAUGCCCCAGGCUCUGAGCUGGGGGGCGGCCCCGGGGGCCCGGGCAGCGCGGAGGCCGGAGGUCCAGGUCCAGGUCCGUGUCCCUGUCCCCGAGGGCCCCCCCAGCGCGGCGCUUCAUGGAGCGGCCCGGCCCUGGGUGCCGGGGGCGGGAGGAGGAGGAUCCAGCUGGGCCCUGUGA